AUGACAAGCGCCGCGGCCAUGCUGAGUAGUGGCGGUGGCGCAGGUGGUGCAACCGAGCGCGGCACCCCAACUCGUCUCACCAUGAAGGACGACUCUGGGACGAACCUUGUGCCCACACCGGACGCCGGCAGUAUUGGGCGCGGCGUUACGCGAUCACCCUCGUCCUCGUCGGCCUUGUCCACCUCACCGGCGCUUCCGAUGGCCGGGCUGAUGAUGCACGAACCGGAACGCAUCCGAAUGCGCACACCGGCCGCGGGUAGCAGCCGGCGGCACGUCAAGGACUUCAACGACAGCAUAACUUGCACCCUCUGCAAUGGGUACCUGGUCGAGGCCACCACCGUCAACGAUUGUCUGCAUGCAUUUUGCCGAUCGUGCAUCGUGAAAUACCUCGACUCGAACAAGUACUGUCCCAGAUGCAAGUCGUACAACAGCAAACCGAUUACGGUCGCUAAUUUAAGGCCCGAUCGAACGCUCCGUGCGCUUGUCUACAAGAUGGUGCCGAGCCUGCACAAAUCGGAAAACCAAAGAAUGGUGCAGUUUUACGCGUCGAUUUCGAGCACCAUCGUCUCGUCCGAGGACGACCCGUCCGGGCAGGAAGGCAUUUUCCAGCUGCUCGACGAUCAGAACUUCUUCUCUCCGGACGAACCAAUCAGCCUGUCACUCGAGUACCUCUAUGAGACGCUGGCCGAGGACCAGAAGCUGCCGAUCACCUACCUACAGUGCCCGGCCGCCGUCACUAUGCACCAUCUGUACAAGUUCAUCCUCACCAAGAACGGGCUGGUGGUCGGCUCGGACACCAUCCGGGUGGAGAUAAUCUACGAGGAGGAGAUCCUGCCGCACGACUUCACGCUAAUGGAUGUGGCCUAUUGCUUCGACUACAAGCGGAUAGCACCGAUGCGGUUUUUCUAUCGCAUUCUCAUACAACCGACCGCGAAGUUGGCACCGACCGCGAGCGCAUGCCACCGCGUCGAGGGCCAGGACAAAAAUAGCACCCCCACGAGUGCGUCUCCCACUACACCGGUGGCCUCUGUCUCCCAGACCCCACCAACAGCCAAAAGUUCGACUGGCAGUGCAAAUGUGCCGGCAACUGCCACCAACAAUCAGAAGCAGACAAAAACCGGCCAACAGCAGCAGCAGCAGGAAGGGAUCAGCAAGGGUCCGGCAGAGAUCGCCACCCCUAAGAGUAGCCCUGCGGCCGUCGUGAAUGGGCAGCAUCGUAUGAGCAAACCGAUGGUGGCGCCCUCUAGCGAAGGAACACGCGUCGGCAAGGCACCAUCCGGGAACUUGAAGCUGGUACUGGUUCCACCGAAGGGUAAACCCGAGCCCUGUGAACCCAAACGAAGUCCACCUCCUUUGAAGGCGAUCCAGCCGGCACCCGUGGUGGAACAAGUUCCUGCGAAAAAACCAGCGGAAAGUGACUCUAAACCUCCACCAGGGACCAUCCUGAAGUGUUACGUAAACCUGAAGAAGCAAACCGUCGCCGAAGGACCUUCGGGAAAGUCAACGCAGGAGGAGAUCCCCCGGUUGAAGAUCGAUUUGCCGCGAUUGAAGACGAAAUUGAGUGUACCGCGUGGCCCAGGAGAACCGUCGACGGGACCGAGUCCUCCAGGUAGCAGCAGUUCGUCAGCGGCCACCUCACCAUCCUCGGGAAGCAGCUCAACGGCCGGGAAAAGCCCCGUGUGGCCAAUGGGCAAGGAGGAGUACGCCAAAACGAUCGGGUUGAAACCGGUGUACGCUGGAUGUGCGGAACCACUGGCCACCGACACAAAAACUGCUUCGUCCUCGCACCGCAAGCGCAAAAAGGGCAAACACUCGAAGGAAACCGGAAGUAGCGGGAAACGCCGGAAGCUGCACGCUGAGAUUUCCUCCCAACACGAUGACGCCAGUCUCAAGAUGAAGGUGAAGCUGACCGAGAAACCACCCAAACACGAGCGAUUGCGAUCAUCCGGAAAUGAGGAGGAAACUGCUCCACAACCGAAGUCCCCACCGGCGAUCGUUCCACCUCCAGAACCCGCCAAGAUCCCGGUGAAGGUCCCACCAAAGGUUCCAGCGAAGGUGAUCGAUAUUACGCGGGAUGACGAUGAAGUGAAAUUCGUCCACAGCGAGCGUCGACAACAACCGGCACCGGUUGCCCCUGAACCCAAGCCACCUGCGGCACCACCAUCACCUCUACCACCAUCUCCAUCGGCGGUCUCAUCGAAGGACAAACUGAACGAAAUGCGCAACGUGCGCCACAAACCGAUGGUUUACAUCCCGAAUCUCGAUCGCAGCCUAUCCGCCGAUGCACCUGGAGCUAGUUCUUCGAUCAAUUCGCUGCUGGAGAGUGUUGGAGCGAAGGUACCGCUGCUCAAACCAACGCCAGCCCUCAUUCCCACCUCGGUGGCAACGUCACUAAGCGGAAAAUCGCAACUACGCCAUCCAAUGUUGGCGCGUCCUAUGCAAACGUGUCCUCCGUUGGCGUAUCCCCUCGCGGCCAGUUCCACCGUAGUGUCCUCGGCAGCUCGUUCGAUGCCAGCUCCGGCCGCAAUCAAGCGCUCGAUGAGCACGGAUGGUGGGGCGAACGUCAAAGUGCCCCGACUCGAACCACCCUCACUCGUGGCACCGGCCUCACUGUUGCCUCCGAAGCAGCCCAUUCAUGCGCCAAUGUUCAACUUCGCGAAGGGAGCUAAUCGUGCGAAAGCCGCCCAACAAGCGGCCAACGUUGCACCACCAACUCAACCGGAACCCGUGCCCUAUCGAUCACCGAUCAGUGCGUCCUACACGAAAGAGAUUCCGCCGGUGAAGAAACCCAUCCCGAACCUACAGCUUCCACCGGUUUCCAUCAGCGUGACGAAGAUGUCUGACCCCACGUCAUCUCCGGUGUCCUCAUCGACGUCGUCGUCUAACCUACUCGACAAUGGCCGGCCAGCUCUGGAGAUUCUUCGCAUCGCACCGAAUGCUCCUGUCGCCGAUAAGCCCUCGCUUGCGCCUUUCGUAACGCCAAAAGUGGCCCCGAAAACCACCCGACCACCACCGGCUACGAUCCCGCUUAUCAAGAUCAAAAAGCCCACCCCGGUGGGUAAUGGCGGCGGUGCAGAUUCCGUGACGUCAUCGACCAUGCGGCCUAAGAUGGCGGGAAGCGGGAUGCGAUCGCACACCGAUCUCACUACCGCCAGUGCGGCCAUUCUGGAUCUGUCCGGUGGCACUCCGAGGAGGCUCUCGGACGAUGUGAUCAUUCUCGAUCAUAGUCCUACCAAGGGGACGGCUGAUUCAACCAAUCGACCGAAGGUGCUCUCGGAGAGUGUGGUUCGUCCUGGGAAACCUUCGGUGCCGGUACUGAAGCGUCCACCGGACAUGAUCAGCUUGGCAACUGGUGGUGGACAAAGCGUCCCAAGAACGCUGGCUCCUCUUCCAAAGCUAACGGAGAUCCACCGCGCUAACCGGGGUCUUUCAGUGCGGCAACCAAACGCGUCCAUUCGCAGCAUUCCCAACCCAUCGGCGUUGGCUUUCCGUGGAGCUCCAGCUGUCUCGAGUUCCUCUAGCAUGCCCCAAGCCAGCUCCCAAUCCUCGGUGGCACUAAUGGCGACGUUUUCGAGCACUUCCGUACCGACGAGUAACGGUGGCCGUCCAUUCGGUAACGCCACUAACGCUCCAAGCGUUGCUAAGCCAUCCACCAACACGUCGCUUAGCAACGGUUCCGCUGUGAAACAACCGACGUUGGGAGCUGCCGUGAAGGGUCCUGGUGUCCUUGCUAAUGGUGCGAGGCCACCUACCACCAAUGGCGUGAGCAGCAGUUCACCGAACAACACCUUCAACAACAAUAACAACAGCAAAAUUGCCAACGCCAACACACCGGCCGUGCCAGCAAAGAAAACCAUCGAGAACGUUGCUGCGGAGUUGAAGGCGGUUGCUGCGACGGCUGACACCACCCACCGGCAACCCACCACCACGGCUUCGUCCUCUUCAGCGUCCUCCAGCGUGACAGCAUCUGCGGCAUCAUCGACGUCGGUCGGGAACCGUGAGGAUCCUUCGCGAAAGCCAACCGCCAAUCAAGGAUCACCGACGGCGGUAAGUUCACCGGCGGUGACUGCAGCGAUUGUCGGUGCCGUUGGUGUGCCGUUGCCCGUGACAACGGGUACAGUGAACCGUGCCAAUAGUAGUAGCAUCGUUACUAGCGUUACGGCAACCACGAUGGCGGCGACCGUUACGAACGGUAGCUCACGUUCCAGCCCGGCAAGUACGGUGAAGGUCGGUUAA